AUGGGACUGGGGCUUCGGGAGAGAGUGAAGAGAGCCAUCUUCAGCUCUCGUCCUGGUCUAUCCAGCCAUCCUUCAUCGUCCCGGCUGGCUGAACGCCUCGAACAAGCAAAGGAGCACACCAAUUCCGGCCCAUCACAGAAUAAACUGCAGCACCGGCACCGGCACCAGCAUCAGCAUCAGCAUCAAGAUCAGCAUCAGCACCAGCAACAACAACAGUACCACAAUCAGGACCAGAUGCAUCCGCCGACCUCUCCGACAACGAAGAAGUCAUUCCGCGCAAGCAUCAUCAAGACGCUGUCCCCACGGACAUCGAAUCGGAAAAGCAAGAUCGAGGAACCCUGGCCCAAGAUCGAGCUGUACAAGCCACACGAGAUUCCGCGGCCAAAGUACCGCGGGCCGGUCGACAAGAGGCACCUGGCAGUGCUGGAGGCAUACUCGAUCGUGCAGGCGACAGAGGGCUACAGACAGCGGUCCAUCGACUCGUCUGUCUGUCCGCUGGCGACGAACCUGCCAUCGAGGCGAGACAGCGUCACAAGCAUCAGCGAAACGGUUAUAGUGAGACGUCCCGGCGAUGUCGAGGAUGGAGUUGGCGUAGGCGAAGGUGCAGGCGAAGUAGAAGGUGAUGUUGAGGUUGAGGUUGAUGUUGAGGCUCAAGUCAACGACGACAUAAACAUCCGCAACACCAACCGCGACUCCUUGCAAGACGAGGAGGACUCGAACACGACGUCGACGGCGAGCUCUGACGAAGGCGCAAAUGUCAGCUCGUCUACGCUUCUUACGUCGCAUACGGAGGACGAGCAGCUGCAGCAUCUCCAGAAGCAGCAGCGCCCGUCAGUGACGAGACUGAAGCGGACGACGGCGUUCACGGCAGCGGACCUGCACCACGCAUUGAAUUCCCUUUGA